AUCAGUUGAUGUGCGCUGACUGAAACGACACAAACGUGCGGCGCUGAAGAACGCUUACAAUGAGUAAUAUGGUGAGAGAAAUCCUGGCGUUCAUCCUCACCACCUCCGGCUGGAUUCUGGUGUCCUCUACUUUACCUACAGAUUACUGGAAGGUUUCUUCAAUCGACGGCACAGUUAUCACCACGGCCACCUUCUGGUCUAACCUGUGGAAAACAUGUGUGACCGAUUCCACCGGAGUCUCCAACUGUAAAGAUUUCCCAUCCAUGCUGGCUUUAGAUGGAUACAUUCAGGUGUGUCGAGGAUUGAUGAUCUCUUCUGUUUGUCUUGGAUUUUUUGGAUCAAUAUUUGCUCUCAUUGGUAUGAAAUGCACUAAAAUCGGAGGACUUGACGAAACUAAAGCCAGAGUCGUCUGCUUUGCUGGUCUCAACUUUAUUUGUACUGGUCUGUGCUCUCUCGCCGCAUGCUCUCUCUACGCUCACAGAAUCACCUCUGAGUUUUUCGACCCCAUGUUUGUUGCACAGAAGUAUGAAUUAGGAGCGGCGUUGUUCAUCGGUUGGGCCGGAUCGGUUCUGUGUAUUUUAGGAGGACUGAUCUUCUGCCUCUCGUUGUCUGAUGGACUGGAUCAAAGCAGUUCUCCCCAUCAUUCAGACAGAAGAGCAUUUAUCAACAGCGGUGUUUCUGGAAUAUCUUCUCGUGUGGUGUCACAGCGCCAGACGUCACACAACAGAAGACCAGACUACAGCAACACUUCACAACACUUUGACAAAAAUGUUUAUGUAUAACCCACUCUUUCAUUUCACACUUCUCUUCUCUACUCACACUUGAAUGUAUGACUUUAUGUGUUCUUUAACAUCAGUUAAUCCAUUCUCCAGGAACCAAAGCUUUUCACAGCAUUUAUUACAUGCUUGUUAUAUCACUUGAUGAAAAUCUAUGUUAUCACUGAAAUACUAUUUACAGUACUUCACGUUUGUGCGUGAAACAAGGUAAAAUUAGAGAUGGUUAAACGAUGAUUUCAAGAGUAAAAUCAAAAUCAAAAUACUAUACAAUAUUUUAAUUUUCAUGAUGGGUCAGUGAUUUGUGUUUGUUUUGUUGCUUUGAACAGCUGCUAAUUAAGUUCCCAAUUUUACACAAGAAAUACAAUGUCAUAAAACUGUCCGAUACACGAUACUGAAAUUACAUUGGACAGAAGAACUUUCAAGACAGAUAUUCUGAAAAACGAUUGUACACCCUAAUGUUUAACCACUCAAUUAAUAUAAUAAACAUUGAAAAAUA